AUGGUGAAAGAUCCAAGGAAGCCGCGAGGAAAAAUGUCCUCGUAUGCAUAUUUCGUGCAAACCUGUCGUGAGGAGCACAAGAAGAAGCACCCGGAAGCUACCGUUAACUUCUCUGAGUUCUCCAAGAAGUGCUCAGAGCGAUGGAAGACAAUGUCACCCAAGGAGAAGGCCAAGUUUGAGGACAUGGCGAAGCAGGAUAAGGUCCGCUAUGAGAGAGAAAUGAAGAACUACAUUCCUCCUAAAGGUGAAAAGAAGAAGCGGUUUAGGGACCCUAAUGCUCCCAAGAGACCUCCGUCAGCGUUCUUCAUAUUCUGCGGUGACUACCGCCCUAAGAUUAAGGGCGAGAACCCGGGCCUGUCCAUUGGAGACAUAGCGAAGAAGCUUGGAGAGAUGUGGAACAGCUCAUCAGCAGAAGUGAAGCAGCCUUAUGAGAGAAAGGCGGCCAAGUUGAAGGAGAAGUAUGACAAGGACAUUGCUGUAUACCGCACCAAGGGAGUUGCAGGAUUGUCCAAAAAGGCCGCAGGCGAGGACGAUGACGACGAGGAGGAAGACGACGAUGAGGAGGAUGAGGACGACGACGAGGAGGAGGAUGAGUAGAUUAGCUACUGAUGGAGCCUAGAUUCUUGUUCAUGCCAUAAGCCCAAGUGUACACGAUACACAUCUUCAAACGUAAUACAGCAGAAACAAGGAUUGUUAGGCUGUGUAUAGGAGACGUUUUUAAGAUGUACAGUGUUAUUCUCCUUUUGUAAAGUUAACACUAUGUGUCUUCAGUUUGUCUUUCCUUUUUUUGUUAGUGGUAGUUCUUUGCCUGGAACAGUUCAAGGUGGAGGAGAACGACUGUUUCUCUGAAGGUGCAUAGCACAAUUAUCUGGUUUAUGUAGAUCUGUAGUGCGUUAUAUUAGUUUUUAAAAAUAUUUUUCGUAUUUGCUGUCAUAAGGUCCUUUAACUGUACUUUGAAUACCACUCUAAUUACAAGAAUGCAGCUUUGUUUGACAUUCAAGAAUGUGUCUGAAAUAAACAUUUUUCUUUUUU